AUGGCAACGGCAACCCUCAUCGCUCCGUCCGCCCACUAUCCGAGUCAACCGCCCUUUCCCAGCUACUCGCAAUCAAGCUCGGGAGCCGCCAGCAUAUCCAAUAUGAUCUCCUCGGUUGAACCUCGAAAACAGGCCGACGAUCAAGAGCCACCAAAUCGUCAAUCGCUCCCUUCUAUCUCGGAAGUUAUUCAGGGUACCAAGCCUGGACCAUACCCCGUCGCACACGCGCCUGGUCUGCAGUCUGCUUCGAGCCUACCAUCGCCUUUCGCACCGGCUCCUCGACCUUUCCCUGAAGCCGAGAAACACUCUUCUCCUCAGCCUCUUCAUCCAACAUCAUCUUAUCCUCGACAAGAAGGGCUGCCGGCCUUUUCUGACUCGCCUCGUCCGCACUUUAACGGUCGUCCAUCACUACCUCCUGUCUCGGAUCGCCGCCAGAGUCCUCCAGCCAAAGCCGAUUUACCUCCUCAGCAUCAUCACGCAGAGCAGAAGCUGCCCGAAUCUCACCAUCCUCUCAAUGGGGUCUACUCGCAUCCUCCGCCGCCCCCUCCUCCGGCCCCUGUUGCAUACCAGCCUGGUCAAUUGCCUCCUGGGCAAAUGCCUCUCCCUGCGUAUCCCAUUUCUCCAAGACACGCAAUGCCACCACCUGCUCCUGGGGCAUACGAUCCCCGAGCACCCCCACACGCUGAGGAGUCUGAAUACGCUGCCCGAGCUCGCUACGAAGCUACAGUGGACAGACAUUUCGAGAGUUGGAGCUACCAAGACUCGUUGAGCCGAAUCGGCUCGUCGUCCCGUACUAUCUUUAAUUUUGCCGAAGCUUAUAGCAGGAUCGCACAAGAACAGCACGGUGCUCAUCCUAUCCCCGCUCGAUUACCUACAGAACGCGAAGUUAGCGAUAUGAUCAGCAAUAUUGAACUUGUCAAACGAUCUUUGGAACAGGUGCGAGAUCUGGUGCAAACUUCGAUCCAGAAUGAGCGAGCUCGAGAAGGAGCCAAGAUGAAAGGCCCCUACGAAGAGGAGCACGACGUCAAUAUGUACGGUGAUGGAAUGAAGCCACAAUAUGGCAUUACAGAAGUCAAGAAGCGACGAGGUCGUGCUGCACCUCCAGGGCGAUGCCACAGCUGUAACCGGAUUGACACUCCUGAAUGGCGACGCGGGCCUGAUGGAGCCAGGACUCUUUGCAAUGCAUGUGGGUUGCACUACGCCAAACUGGAGAGAAAGCGACAACUCGAGGCGAGGUCUAUUCGCCCCAAACCCGAAGAGGCCCAUCGACAAUGA